GAUCAUCAACACUGUUAUUGGGUUACAGAGCAUCAACAUUGUUAUGGGAUUACUGGGCACCAACACAUUUAUAUGGGGUUACAGGGCGUCAACAUCGAUAUGGGUAACAUGUGACAAUGUACCAGAAACCUAUAAGGUCUACGAGAUCAGAGAAACGGAGACGAAAGGAUUUCAAGUAGACAACUUCACUGAAAGCAGUAACUGUUCCUUGACGUCUGCUACACCACCGGGAGUAAGGACGUGUUUUCGGUUAUCCAAGGUCGGAGAAUUGACGCUAACUCAAGAACUUGACCUUGAGGGGUUUUCGGUUAGCACCACGACUCUACAACUAAAUGUGACAUGUAUCUCCCUGAGAUAUCUGCUCAACAUAACGGUUGUUCCAGUGAACGAAUUCAAACCAACAUUUCUUCAUGCCCCGUUUGCUGUGAAUGUUACUGAGGUCAGCAGUUGUUGUUUUCCUAGCUUGUAUUCAGUUAGUGAAUGCAGUUGUCGCUGUUACGCCAGCAAGCGAGAAGAACAGUGA